UAAAACCACCGGCUUCGAGCUGUCCGAGCUGCCUGCCAUGGAUGGUAAUCCGCGGCCACGUAAUUACCCCAGCGGGGGUUCAAGGCCCAGUGGUGAAAGCCGCCGCCCACCUGGAGCUCCCGGAGGACCCCCUUCAUCGACAAGCUCAAGAUCUACUAUGUCGCGCGCCGAGAGAUUUGAAGAUGAGCGCCGGAGAAUCACGGCCAGUUGCUUCUCCAAGGUGGAUGCCGAUGGCUCAUUACACGAAUCCUACAUAACGCAUAUUCGCAUACAAGAGGAUGGCGCCUAUCCUCAAACCCCUCCCCCUCCUGGCGGCAAUCCUAGAGACAAGAAACCUCGUGUAAUUAUUAUCACAGUAAAGAAUACCAGCCGAGUAUCGCUGCAUAAAGCCCGAGAAAAUGCCAACGGUACUUUCUCUGUGGGAAAAACUUGGCAUAUGGCGGAUUUAUCAUAUAUUGAGAAUUUCGUCCAUCUCGUACCCAAGAAUGACGAAGAAGCACAGUACAAGCAAUGGGCUGGUGAAGUUGGCUUCACUGUCACUGUAAAUAAGCCGUACUACUGGGAGGCUAGCACUGCUAAAGAGAAGGAAUUCUUCAUUGGAAGUUUGGUGAAAAUAUACACAAAAUACACCGACAAGUUUCAGUUGCAACAGGGGAAAUUUCCGGUCCUGUCCGGCUUUAGCGCGACAGAGCUUAUUGAUCUUACUGAUGGCCGACCAUAUGCUGCGACUGAAGAAGGACGGGCCGCCCAUGAUGCUUGGACGCAAAGGUAUUCGACCAGCAAGCCCCCACCCGAUGACCAAGAUCCGUAUGUCAUGCUACAACGAGCAGCCGAAGGAAGAUCAAGGAAUGAACUUAGGCCCCCUCAGCCAGCAGGAAUGCCAUCGCCAAACGAUUCGCGGCGUCCACCCGGUGCAGAUCCACGACGGCCUCCUCCACUAGACAAUCGAAAUCUCCCACCUCCUCGCGGUCCAGGUCGUCCAGCCACCUCAGAAGGAGCCCCACAAGACAAUAGGAAUCUGCCACCUCCCCGUGGUCCAGGUCGCCCCCCUACUGCUGAAGGUUCUCAACGCGAACGCAUGCAGCGACCAGCUGGGCCGCCAUCAAUGCCAAACAUGAGAGAUCCCAAUGCUGUUCCCCGAGGGCGACCAUCAGAGGAGGGCCGGCCACCUCCUUCUCCCCGCAGCGGUGGUUUCAAUUCAGGAACCCCUCCACCACCAGGAUUUAGAAACGGUUCCCGACCUCCGCCACCGAACGAGCCGAAUUUACGAAAUAGACCAAGCCGCGAGAACAUGGCCCUACGCCCAUCACCAAGUCGGGAACGCUUAGCACCAUCAUCCUCAUCUACUCCACCGCCUCCUAUCCCAUCUCCUUCUUCUCAGCGGCUUAUGUCUCCAAACUCCAGACCAGAUUUACGCCCCAAGACCCCAGAAGGUUCUGGCCUUCCCUCGGUAUUGGCUGCGGGGAGACCUCCGGUCCCGGACGACGCGAGAUCUCAAAGAUCACAAAAGUCACCGGCGCCUCCAUCAAAAGAUGGUCAUGGCCUUGGGCUUGGAAGAGUUUCUGGGGAGGAGCGCAGACCUAACGGCUAUCCUUCACCUGCUAGACGGGAGCCGUCGCCUGCUAGAGGUUAUCGAAAUGAACCACCUUUAACUGAUCCUGCCAUAUCAAGGGCUGACGAUAGCUACUCAGAAGAGAAGGCUGUGUUGCCAGAGCGAAGGAGACCGCCGAUAGAAUCUAAACCUUCGCAAGGGUCACAGUUCAGCGUGGCAAAUGGUCCACCUUCCGAGUUUGUCACCCCAUCGCAGACUCCUCCACCUCCCAUGGCCCCGCCACCUCGUCGGAGACCACAGGAAAUUCCCGAAAGAUCAAAGCCAGGGUCUUUGGAUGAGUCGUCUGCCAGAAAGGACCCGGGUCAACGGAUGCUGAACGACAAUAGUAUGCUGCCUUCUCAGCCCACCCCUCCUCCAACAUCGCCGUUGCCCCGGCCUCCUCCAGCGUCGCCUCUUCCACAUGUUCCUAAAUCACAGGAGCCCAAAGCACCUGAGAUCCCAGAAGCUGCGUCUAUGGAGCCUAAACCCUUGACACCGAAACCCCUGGAACCUAGAGCUUUCGAGCCUGGACCACUGCAACCCAGGCCUCUGACACCCCGUACCAAAACUCCUGCGUCCAAAACUCCGGAGCUUGACCGGAUAGAAACCAAAUUUCCAGAACGGAAACCAGCUGGCUCGCGGGAGCAAGAGUCCAAAAUCUCGGAAGUCAAGAUGCCCGAACCAGAAGCACCAGCACCAGCACCGAAAGCACCAUCCCCUGUUGCCGAGAAACCACCGCCACUACUUGCAGCUUCCCGAUCGCCGCCUGCUGUCGAGAAUUCCGAGAAGAAGCAGCCACCAGCAGAAGUAUCCCCUCUCAAGGUCCAGCCUCCCAAAGAAGACCAGCCCGAACAGAAGCCUGAUACGGCAUCGCCUGUAACGCCAAUCACUCCUUCUGAAGACGCGAGCAAAGAGAAGGGCAUGGCCAGCCUUGUUAAAUCGAAGCUAUCAAAGCCUACUGCGGCAGAACAACUUCGCAAGGCCGUCAAAGCUGCCGGUGCUUUCAAACCUCGUGCGGGAGGUGGCGCCGAGAAGUUCUUCGCAAAAGACACUAAAAACUCGGAUGAGCCCGAUGGCAUUAACGCCGUAUUCGUCCCUCAACGGCAGCCGGCAAAAGAGGAAGAGAAGAAGGCAGAAGAGGAGUCCAAGCCCAAACCCAAGCCGGAGCAGUCAUCGAGCGAACGACCUUCCGUGGAUACGGGUGUAGUACCAGCACUCAAAGUUUCCAGCCCUUUGUCUCCACCUACUGGUUCUUCAGCGGCUAUUGAUGAGAGGACGCGCUCUCCCUCCCCAACCCCCGAGAAGCCUGUCACCAAGGCUGAGCCCGAAGCGGAGGUCAGACGCAAGAAGCGCAGAUCCAAUCAGCAAGUCAUGAAUAUCUCCAAGCUCGGCAUCGAUCCUGGAAUUCUAGAUGGUCGCGGUUUAGAGUUCGAAAUCUUGCUGGCAGAGUUCGGGUGGGGCAGUAGUGAGCUUUCCCACAAGAAUAUUGAAUCGUUGGAAUCUGAGAUCAAACGUGAAAUUGCUCGCGUCGAAGCUGGGAGCUGGCUGAGUCAUCUCGAGCAGAAGGAUGACCGUGUCGAGACGGUCGAGAGAAUGUUAGAUCGUGCCAUCGCUGAAUGCGAUGAGCUUGAAGGCCUCUUAACGCUGUACAAUGUCGAACUAGGUAGUCUCAAUGAUGACAUUGCGUUCAUUGAAGCCCAGAGCCAAGGUUUACAGGUCCAGACAGCCAACCAAAGAUUGCUACAAAAUGAACUCAAGCAACUUGUCGACACAAUAUCUAUCACUCCGGACCAACUUGAGCCACUCAGGCGUGCCCCCAUUGGCAAAGUUAACGGGCUAGAGGCUAUUGAAUCGUCACUCGUACUUCUUUAUAAGGCUUUGCUCACAAUCGACCCAUCCUUCAUUGAGAGUAGGAAAGGAGAUGCCACGAGAACUGUUGCGGCCAGUAGUGGCGGAGUCGGUAAUAGCGAGCUUGCUGCAAUGCAAGCGCUGCAAGAGAAGAAAGACCGAUAUCUUGCUGAGAGUGCCAUGUUCCUGGAUCGUUUGAAGAAGCACAUGGACAUAACCUUUGGUGCCGCCUUCCUCCAGACUAGAGAUACUCUAGCUAAUCUGGACCGAAAAGCCAUGCCGUCAACCAAAGCCAACAUCGAAGCACAUGAUGCCGGCCGAAACAUGCUCUGGAUGAUCAGCCCGCUCAUUCUGUUCGCGAAAGAAAUCGACCAAACGUCUUGGGAGUCUCUUCUACGAAUGUAUCAAGGCCAAGCAGGGAUCAUUUACCAAGAGGAGAUUCGUGACAACAUAGGCUCCUGGAAGCGUUUCGCUCGGAAGCCUACCGGUGACGAACAAGAUCUACUGUUUACCGCCCAGGAAAAAGAGCCCGAAAGUAUUACGGGCGCAGCUAGGAAGCUUACAGUGAAGCGCAGUCAAACAUUGGCACGUGGACUGCGAGUAGCUUCUAGUGAUAAGGAGCCCAAGACAAACAGUGUACAGAGUGGGAAAUUAUUUGCUUUCGACGUUUUCUCUAAAGCUCUGGAUGACAUCGGACCUGUGUUGCUCACUGAGCAAAAUUUCAUUACAGAAUUUUUCCACGCCACAUCAACUGACUCUGCUGACUUCCCUGAAGCUGUCAACGCGGCACCCCCUGACCUUCGUCGUGGACCAAAUCUAUGGGUUCGCAAACAGUUUGAGGCAGACAGAGCAAUGGCCAAACGUGUCGCUGAAGUCAUGGAAGACAUAUUUGCAUUCUGGCCUUCAGAGAUCCAGAGUCUCGUGGAAUGGGCUAUCAAAGCUGAUCCUCUACAAGGAAUAGGAAUCCUUUAUGCUGUUGAUCGCAAGCUGCAUGAGAUCGAGGACUCCAACCAAGACUUCUUGACACGCAACCUGCAAAAAGUGCAUGAGCGCCUCACUGGUCUGUUCGUUCGCUUUGUGGAUGAGCAGAUCCGUGCCAUAGAAGAUACAAAGGUCAAGAUCAAAAAGAGGAAGGGCGUUAUCUCAUUCAUAAAAACGUUCCCGCAUUUUGCUGUGGCAAUAGAAAACAUGCUGCCCGCUUCUGAGGAAACAAAUGCGUUGGAGAUUCGGCGAAUGGUAGAUGACGCCUACAAGAAGAUCAACAAAGCCAUGUUUGAGAGCUUGAAGGUUAUUGCCAAAGAAUCACCUGCUGUCAUGGCUACACAAGGACAAGGUGACCCAGAGGACAAGGAAGCUCUCAAUUACCACAUUCUUCUUAUCGAGAACAUGAACCAUUACAUCGAAGAGGUGGAUGGUCGCUCAGACUCGGCCUUGCUGGAAUGGAAGAAUAAAGCACAAGAUGAGAUGAAGGAGCACAUGGGUCUCUACGUUGACGCCGUGAUCCGGCGACCGCUGAGUAAACUUCUGGACUUUAUCGAAUCCACAGAGACGCUUCUCAACCAACCCGGCGGUAGGGCAGCAGCGAUAUCUCAACGCUCUUCGCAUUCGCGCGCCGUCUACAAGAAACUCAUGAACUCCUAUGAUGCUAGAGAAAUCCGCAAGGGCAUCGAAUCUCUCAAGAAGCGCGUUGACAAGCACUUUGGCGACGCUGACGAUCCGAGUAUCAGCCGAGACCUUGUCUUCAAGGUCCUCAAGGAAUGUGAGAAGAGGUACACCGAUGUACACGAUCGUAUAGUGCGCGUCAACCAAGAUGUAUACUCUGGUGAGGUGGAGUCGGACUGGGGUGCUAGCGAAGUGACAGCCGCGUUCAGGAGAUGA